UCGCCUUAAAUGACUGUCUAUUUGUGAACGUUUUAACCGUGCCAUGGAUCAAAUCUAUGGGAAUGUUGAUGUCCCUGCAGUUGGGAAUUACUCAGGGGAAGAUCCAUCUGAUUAUUAUUCUAAUAUCCCUGAGUCUGGCUCCAGUUUGUCUAAGGCCACAGAUCGUCCGUGCCCAGUGCCUCAACCCCAUGGCAGUGGUGCUGAAGAGAAAGUGUCCACGUCCAGAGUGGUGCCGAUGCUUCCACUGGCUCUUGGCCUCGGCCUGCUCCUCACCCUGCCUGCCCUUAUUGCAGUGGCGCACCUCUAUGUCACUGGACAGGCUAAACUUAAUCUGAUAGAAAACCUGCACAGGAAUUUGUCUGCAACUUUGAAUAUCACUGCCUCCUCUGGUUGUAGGGUUUGUCCAGAUGCAUGGGCUCACCACAAUGGAAAAUGCUACUUCUUCUCUUCAUCUGGAAAAAACUGGAAACAGAGUCAAGAUCACUGCGUUACAUUAGGGGGCCACCUGGUUAUUGUGAACAAUCAAGAGGAACAGACAUUCCUGAGCAAAAAGGCUAAAGGAGAGUUCCACUGGAUUGGACUGAGUGACCUGGAGACUGAGGGACAGUGGAUAUGGGUGGACAACACACCUCUCGAUAAGACUGGACCUGUAUUCUGGAUGAAAAGGCCUGAAGGACAGGAUGAGCCAGACAACUGGAAGGUGGAGGAUCCUGCAGGGGAACACUGUGCUUGCCUUUCUGAUGUACGAGGAGAAUGGCACGAUAACUCCUGUAGGAAAACCCACAAAUUUGUGUGUGAGACCCUUGCCCCUAAAUAAGACCCAGCAAGUGGUUUCAGGAAAUGACACAGUACACAAUGCAAAGACAUGGUUGUGUGCUCAUGCAUGGAUUUUAUUGCAUUGCAUUUUGAUCAGAAGCCGUUAGUAUCAUGCAGUGAUCUUUAGGAGUGUUUUGCAUUUCCCCUUUUUUAUGUUGAAAGUCUUCAUUUUUAAAAAAUAGCUGAUAGCUCUUAACAAACCCAAAGUCACAGCCUUAGUAUAGGGAGCAUGUAUGACAAUAUGUUUAUUUGUAAGCUCCAUUGGAUGAAGGCAUCUGUCAAAGAAAGAAAGAAAUAUAUAUAUAUAUAAAAUGGCCCUUGAGCCGAAAACUUUGUGUUCACCCCUGGUCUAGCUUCUCUAGUGACAAACUUUUUGCUGUAAACAAAAUCAACCAAAGUGUGCUCAGGUCACGUGAAUGAACAAGCACCUUUGAUCAUCUGUUGACUGGAUGAUUUGAUUGGCUAGCUGAUUCCUUAUAUGGAUGCUUAAUUGUCAAAUCCUCAAAUUUUGUGGGCGGGAUUAAAUUGCUGCUGAUGGCAGCCUCUCCUAACCUGACUCUCGCCAGAUGACUUUUGUUCCGCCUAGCUCCACUCACAUCCAUCUGGGAUC